GGAUGACAUGACAAGAUUGCUGUUUGAGUGCUGAGAGACGAAAUGAUAUUAAAAAUUGAAGUGGUGAAAACAAAAAUCUUGGAGCCUGGAGAGUUAACCACCAGUUCACACAAUUUUAAGAACAAGGCCUUUAAGAAAUCCAAAAUCUGUGGAAUUUGCAAACAAAUUAUUGACGAUCAAGGUAUCUCUUGCCAAGUCUGCAAGUAUUCCUGCCACAGGAAAUGUGAAGCCAAGGUGGUGGUCCCCUGCUGUGUUCCAGUCUCCUGUGAGCAGCUGGACCUUACCUACAUCACAGAGCGCAUCAUUGCGGUCUCCUUCCCGGCCAGUAGUUCCGAGGAUUCCUAUCUCCACAACCUGCAGGAGGUUACACGCAUGCUCAAGUCCAAGCAUGGUGACAAUUACCUGGUACUAAACCUUUCCGAAAAGAGAUAUGAACUUACAAAACUUAACCCAAAGACGAUGGACGUGGGAUGGCCGGACCUGCAUGCCCCGCCUCUCGAUAAGAUGUGCACCAUAUGCAAAGCUCAGGAGUCGUGGCUCAACAGCGACCCCCAGCACGUGGUCGUCAUCCACUGCCGGGGCGGGAAAGGACGCAUAGGAGUGGUGAUAUCAUCGUACAUGCACUUCACCAAUGUCUCGGCCAGUGCUGACCAGGCCCUCGAUCGAUUUGCAAUGAAGAAGUUUUAUGACGAUAAAGUUUCAGCUUUAAUGCAGCCAUCACAGAAACGAUACGUGCAGUUCCUCAGUGGCCUUCUGUCUGGGUUGGUGAAAAUGAACGCCUCCCCGCUGUUCCUGCAUUCUGUCAUCCUGCACGGGGUCCCCAACUUCGACACGGGUGGAGUGUGUCGCCCCUUCCUGAAGCUCUACCAGGCCAUGCAGCCCAUGUACACAUCUGGGAUCUACAACAUCAGCCCGGAAAACCAGAGCAGGGUCUGCAUCGCCAUCGAACCCGCCCAGCUGCUCAAGGGGGAUGUCAUGGUGAAGUGUUACCACAAGAAGUACCGCUCGGCCACCCGCGAUGUCAUCUUCCGGUUGCAGUUUCACACCGGGGCGGUGCAGGGAUACGGGCUCAUGUUCGGGAAGGAAGAACUGGAUAAUGCCAAUAACGAUGACCGUUUUCCUGACUAUGGGAAAAUUGAAUUUGUCUUCUCAGCCAAUCCUGAGAAGAUCCAAGACUCUGAGCAUCUGCGCAAUGACCACGGGGUGAUUGUCGACUACAACACCGCGGACCCACUGAUUCGCUGGGACUCCUACGAGAACCUCAGUGCAGAUGGAGAAGUGCUGCACACGCAGGGGCCCAUCGACGGCAGCCUCUAUGCUAAGGUGAGGAAGAAGAGCACCUCAGAUCCCAGCAUCCCGGGGGGCCCCCAGGCUGUCCCCGUCAACCACAGCCCGGACCACGGCGACCACACCCUGUCUGUUAGCAGUGACUCGGGCCACUCUACCGCCUCGGUCAGGACGGACAAGACUGAAGACCGCCCAGCUCCAAGCACCAAGAGAGGAUUGAGCCCCCAAGAGAAAGCUGAACUAGACCAGCUUCUCAGUGGCUUUGGCCUAGAAGAAGCCGGGAGCUCGUUCAAGGAUAUGACUGAUACUCAGAACAAGUAUGGUGGGACCCGCCACGUCGUGCCAGCCCAGGUCCAUGUGAAUGGAGACAGCAAACCACGAGACCGGGAAACUGACAUCUUAGAUGAUGAGCUGCCCAACCAUGACCUGCACAGUGUGGACAGCCUGGGGACACUGUCCUCUUCGGAGGGGCAGCCGUUGGCCCACCUCAGUGCCUUCACCUGCCACAAGAGCAGCCAGAACUCUCUCUUGUCCGAUGGCUUUGGCAACAACACUGGAGAAGAUCUGCCUGGCAGUGUUGUCCCGGACCUGGGCAUUGGCAUGGACUUGCUCUAUGAGCCAUCUUUUGGAAAUCAGGAGCUCAGGCAGCCACAAGCCCUACUGAGGAAUCCCUCUGCACCGGCACAGCCCCCGGCCUACGGGCAAAGUUGUUACUCUACACAGACCUGGGUGCGCCAGCAGCAGUUGGUAGCAGCUCACCAGUACACCUUCACACCCAACGGAGAGGUCAGGCUCAGAAGCCGUGGCACAGCAGGAAAUGCCAGCAUCGCCCCAGCCCAGCCCCAGGGGCCAAUCACCCCCACUCGAGGAGCUGGCAGCAGCGGGGCCACCCAGAAGGGGAUAGGCAGUGGAGCACAUCCCCCAGACACACAGCUGCCCUUUCCCAGAAAAGCAUUUGCACCCAGAUUUGGAGAAGAAAAUGCUAUGAAUGGGGUUGACCUGGAGCGGAAUGCCGUCCUCUCCCCGGGAUCCCCCACCUUGGACAUUGACCAGUCCAUUGAGCAGCUCAACAGGCUCAUCUUGGAGUUGGACCCCACCUUUGAGCCUGUCCCAACCCACAUGAAUGCUCUGGGCGGCCAGGUCAAUGGCACUGUCCCACCGGAAGGGGUGGGCAGCCGGCUCCAGCCUAACAGCAAGCUGCAGGACCCAGGAGAAAGCCCCAACAGGAUGGCCAGGAGGCAAGGUUCUGUAGGGGAUGACCCCAUGGGUGGAAGACUUCGAAAACUGAGCGUUGGGCGCUAUGAUAAUGAUGCUGGUGGGCAGGCGUCCUUCCCCAAAUGGGGAAAGACCACCAGUGUGCACCAAGAUCCAAGUCUGGCUACAUUCCUCACUUCAACAGACACCAAAGAGACAGUGAUCCCCAGUCACCCUUCCGGCGUAGAUGUGAUUGAUGGCAGGAUCUUCUCUCCCACCCGAAGUGGCAGUGAAUUGGCCUCUUCUACACCCGCAUUUCCCGUGUCACCAGAAACGCCAUAUGUGAAGACUCCUCCCCGGUACCCUCCGUUCGGCUCCCCACAGCCGCAGAUGAGUCGUCCAGCCAGACUGCACACAGGAGCGCAAGAUGCACGUGGCUCUCCUGAGGUUCUGAAUCACUCUGUGGGGGUGUCGGAGGGCCCCCCCGCACCCAAAUCCACAGUGCUUUGGGCCGACAUGCCAACCACACCUUCCUUGCAGCAAAAUUUUGCAACUUCCUGCACAAUUUCAAACAACAACCCUAUGCAGAGGAGAGAGAGUUCGUCCUCUACAGAACGCCAGUGGUUGGAGACGAGCCCCAAACCCAUGCUUUCCAUGUUGGGGAGCAGCCGGCCAGCAGGGGGUCUCCUUGGCACCUCAGAGUUCUCCGGCCUCAUGAAGGACUCUCCAGUGCUGUCCCAUUUCCAGCCUUCAGAGCUCCAGGGCUCUUUCAGCAGCCACGAGCUCCCCCUGCCCGAGCCAUCAACAGAAACUUUGGCUGCCCAGGGCGGCCCAACCUUCCUGAACUUCAGUCGAGUUGCUGUGGGCAGCACCCUUCCACCUGGGGAGACCCCAGGGUCCCUGCUGGCCAAUUCCCAUGAAGCAUCCCCGAUCCCUAGUGCUCCGCUGCCCACAGCAGGUAUCGUUGACAAUGGCUUCCUGCCCCAUCACUUCCUCACAGUGGCACCUGGACACAGUGGCCAGCACAGCCCAGUCCUGCACGGCCAAGGGAUGACCCUGCCUGGGCAGCCACCCCUUCCUGAGAAGAAGCGUGCCUCGGAGGGAGAUCACUCAUUUGGUUCCGCCUCCCCAUCCUCCAGUGGUUUCUCCAGCCCCCACAGUGGGAGUACCAUCAGCAUCCCCUUCCCAAAUGUCCUUCCAGACUUCUCCAAAGCUUCAGAAGCAACAACCCCUUUACCAGAUAAUCCAGGUGAUAAGCAUGUGACAGUGAAGUUUGUCCAAGACACAUCCAAGUUCUGGUACAAGCCGGAUAUUUCACGGGAGCAAGCCAUUGCCAUGCUGAAGGACAAGGAGCCAGGGUCGUUCAUCGUGCGGGACAGCCAUUCCUUCCGCGGAGCCUAUGGACUAGCCAUGAAGGUGGCAACUCCUCCACCUUCGGUCUUGCAGCUGAACAAGAAAGCUGGAGACUUGGCCAACGAACUCGUUCGUCACUUUUUGAUUGAGUGUACCCCGAAGGGAGUGCGGUUGAAAGGGUGCCCGAAUGAACCGUACUUUGGAAGCCUGACAGCCCUGGUGUAUCAACAUUCAAUCACCCCUUUGGCCUUGCCCUGCAAGCUGCUCAUUCCAGACAGAGAUCCAUUGGAGGAAGGAGCAGAAACCUCCCCACCACCAGCUGCCAGCUCAGCAGCUGAGCUGUUGAAACAGGGGGCAGCUUGCAAUGUGUGGUACCUGAACUCGGUGGAAAUGGAGUCCCUUACUGGCCACCAAGCAGUGCAGAAGGCCCUGAACAUCACCUUGGUCCAAGAGCCUCCUGCCAUCUCCACUGUGGUCCACUUCAAGGUGUCUGCGCAGGGCAUCACACUGACGGACAAUCAGAGGAAGUGAGUGUGGAGCUUUUAAGGCAAGAGGGUUUCUGGCCACGUAGUUAA